CCUGGUGGUACAGGAAAAAAUUUCAGUCCAAUCAAACCCAAGUGAAAUGGGGAGUUUAGGAGCAACUCAAGAAGGAAAUGGAGCAAAGGGUGUGGCCACAAUCCUAGCAAUUGGUACUGCAAAUCCACCCAAUAUCAUUCGCCAAGAUGAUUACCCUGACUUUUAUUUCAGGGCCACCAAAAGCAAUCACUUGCUCCACCUUAAACAAAAGUUCCAGCGUUUAUGUAAAAACUCAAUGAUUGAGAAACGACAUUUCCUAUACAAUGAAGAUUUACUCAUGGAGAAUCCAAACAUUGGUACUUAUGGAGCUUCCUCACUAAAUACUCGACAAAACAUACUAAUCAAAGAGGUCCCAAAACUUGGCAAGGAAGCAGCAAUGAAGGCCAUAAACGAAUGGGGUCAACCAUUGUCAGAAAUCACACACCUCAUUUUUUACACAACUUCAUGCUUUGGAAACAUGCCUGGUCCGGAUUACCACCUUGCCAAGCUUCUUGGCCUCAAACCAACGGUUAACAGGCACAUGAUCUUCAAUAACGGUUGCCACGCUGGCGGCGCAGUCCUACGUGUCGCGAAGGACAUCGUUGAGAACAAUGCUGAGUCACGUGUGCUUGUAGUGUGGGUAGAAACCAUGGUAGUUUCAUUUCAUGGCCCUAACCCUAAUCACAUGGAUGUUCUUGUAGGACAAGCCCUAUUUGGAGAUGGUGCAGCUGCCCUUAUUAUUGGGACAGACCCUAAACCUUGUAUUGAAUACCCAUUAUUUGAACUUGUCUUGGCCUCACAGACAACUAUACCUAACACUGAGAGUUCAAUCGAUGGAAGGUUACAAGAAAUGGGGUUGGUUUAUUAUUUAGGAAAAGAGAUUCCCAUUGCUAUAUCCGAAAACAUUGACAAGUGUUUGAUAAAUGCGUUUAGUUUGGUUGGUGUGAAUAGAGAGAGUAGUGUUGAUUGGAAUUCCUUGUUCUAUGCUAUUCAUCCGGGUGGACCAUCUAUUCUGAAUAGGAUUGAAGAGAAGCUUGGAUUGAAGAAAGAGAAAUUAAGAGCAAGUAGGAAAGUGUUAAGCCAAUAUGGGAAUAUGUGGAGCCUUAGUGUGAUUUUUGUGUUGGAUGAGUUGAGGAACUGGUCUAAGAUUGAAGGAAAGAGCACAUGUGGUGAAGGAAAAGAAUGGGGUGUGUUGGUAGGGUUUGGUCCAGGUUUAUCUUUGGAGCUUGUGGUUCUACGAAGUAUUUGUUUUGAUGGCUAGUUAAACUUAAUUAACUUCCAUAUUCAUCAAAUAAGUUCUAAGAUUAAGUUGAAUUCGGUGUUGUGUGUUGAGUGUUGAAGAGUGAGUAUCUCUCAGUAUUUAUAUAUAUUAUGCAAUUGAAAUAACAAAUAAGAGAUGAUUGUUGUUACUCUUAAUUUUAGCAUUUGUCUACUAAAUGUCAUAUUAAUAAAUUAAAAGUGAAAACUCAGGUGCAGUCGACUUCACAUGAAGUUGAUAAUUGAGAGCCGUUAAAGGAUUUGACUGAUUUGACUAAAUUUUCAUCUAACGACUCUCAACUAUCAACUUCACGUAAAGUCAACUCUACUUGAGUUUUCACCUAAAUUAAAUUGUCUUU